AAGGUCAAUCUAGCUCCAGGACUAUGAUUGAUUUCGAGCUGUGCACCAAGUGUCAUUGACCGGUCUCCAUUCGUCUUUCCCCCGUCGACUUAGUCAGUCCUGCCCGCGGCCCCGAACCGACCCGCCCAGCUCAUCCCUCCCCUCUCCAUCACUUCACUCUUCACUCUUCAGUGCAGUCGUUGCUCUUCGCUACCUUUCCUUCCUUUGGUUGUUUGUUUGUAGCAGAGGGCCCGGCUGUCUGUGACGGGGCAUUCGCCAGUGAAGGAAGGAAGGAAGCUCCGGGAGGGAGGGAGAGAGAGAGAGAGAGAGAGAGAGAGAAAAGCGAGCAGCCGCCGCUUCGAGCUUCCAAUCCAGUCGAGCAAUCCAAUCCUCCAUCGGGCGACGUCGUCGUACUGUCCUCCUCCUGCCACGAACGAGUCUCAACUCGUCGGCUCGAGCGACGAACGACGACUUCUGCUGCCUCUGCUGCUCCCACUUGCUGAUCCUGCCGCUGCCAGUGCCUUUUUUUCCUGCAGGCUUAGUUUGAUUCGGCUCGGUUUCGUGGGCAGCCGGGCUGCAGACAAGACAAGAGUGGAGAACAGGAAGAGGAAGAAGGAGCAACUUCUAGCACGAAAGUAGUUCCGGUUGAAAUUUAUCUGAGCGGGAGGGGUGAAGGGGACGGGAGGAGGUGGUGUGGAGGGAAAGAGCAUGGCGUGGAUCGAGAUCUGGCAAUGUUAGGCCCUCUGUUGCGCGAGGGGAGAGUGACUGGUCUGGAGAGCUAAGAGGAAUGUCGAGGAAUCGUUGAAGAUCGAGGCGUAGGACGAAGUGGGGAGUGGAAGGGAAGGGAAAAUAAGGGAACGAGGAGAAGAAUGGAGGAGAGAUUGGGUAGCGUUUGAAGAGGAGGAUUAACGUCGAAGGGUGGUGCGGGCAAUUGGAGCCGUGGAGCGAAGAUGAGUUUAGGGUUGAGGAUCACCCGGAGCUUGCAGGUGGAGGUAGUGGUCUUGCUCUGUGUGGCGCUGGGUGUGAUCAGGAGCUUGGCGCAAACGACUGAUACGACAGUGGAUAAUGGGGAUAUUAGUUGUUUGCAAAGUCUGCAGGACGCGUUCAAAGGGGAGGGCGUUGGAUUCCUGUUAACGAAUUGGACGGGUGACGGUUUUCCGUGUAAAAGCAACGUGACCUACGCCGGACUGUUUUGCAGUAAUGAGCAUGUUAGGGAUAUCGACUUGAGGAGUAUGAAACUGGAGGGAGAAAUAUCACCCGACAUUUCAAAAUGCAGCGCGUUGUCGAAUCUAGAUCUUUCAGACAAUCAAUUGACGGGAGUUAUACCCAUCCAAAUUGGCCAACUCGAGCAACUGUCCAAACUGAAUCUUUCCUUCAACAAUCUGUAUGGAGAAAUUCCCGAUUUCAGCAAGGCGCUGUUCACCAACGUGAUCGACUUGCAUAAUAAUGACCUCAGUGGUUCAAUACCUACAAAUCUCGGAUACCUGUUAAGGUUAACCACUUUUGACGUCUCGUACAAUGAUCUGUCUGGACCAAUUCCGCCGCUCCUGGCGAACACUACGACCGGAGGAGUGCGGUUCAACGCGAGCUCCUUCGAAGGAAACAGUGGCCUCUUCGGGUAUCCUCUCCAACAACAGAUGAAUCACGGGCUCUCGGUGCUCGCCAUCGUUGGAAUAGGACUGGGUAGCGGUAUGCUAAGCCUGAUCGUGAGUUUUACGGCUGUAUGCAUCUGGCUGAGAGUGACCGAACAACGAGGUGCUGCCGAAGAAGGAAAGAUAUCACAGUUGAUGCCUGAAUCCUGAUCGAGGAAUGUUGGCCUUCCUAGUCGGCUCUCUCGGGGUGUGGCUGCUAUCUAUCAAAGUUUUGCCAAAUCAUCCAGUUUUUUUGCUCUGGAAUAUCCCGCUACAGCACAUCGUUGAGGCAUUACAACGGACUGACCAACCCCUUCUCUUCUUUGCUUUCAAGGGGAAUCCUGAUUCUUUGUCCUAGGGCAGGCAGUUUAGCUUGGCACACAUGGUACGGACACAACUUUCUUUGUGUUCGUUUAGUCUUGACGAUGGUAGUAUAAGUAGCCCUGCAAUCGUGUUGUGAGUUUGUAAUAUAAUUCUUUAUGUCACAUCCAGUAAAGUUUGAUCUUUCAGCCUGAACUCUAAACCGCAGAUUAUUCACUUCUCGUACUUCUUUAAAGAACCAGACCUAUUUGCUGGAUUCUCCAUUCUUUAUAUCAGACCUGCGAGGUGAUUCUUAGAACAUAAAUCCAGUGAGCUCAUACUUUUUUUACUAGUAUGGCCCCUGACAUUUGCAUAGGAGUAGUGUAAAGCCUGUAUUAUUUACAGAGCAUCCCAGUCGCUCGACCCAAGAAUUUGUCUGGAACAUCGAGUUGACGAGGGUGACGAUUGUAGCAGGAGGAGGACCACAUAACUGGAGUAGCUUUAGAAGCAGCUACUCGUAUACAGAUGUUGUUCAGCUGCUCUUCCUCCAAUUAUGGCUCGAUCCCAAAUUUGUGCAUCCACAAUAGACCAAGAUUCUGGAUGUCCCGGCUGGCCUGUUGACUUCCACGAUAGCACUCAAAUAUCCAAGGACGGUCUAGUUGGAUUGUCCUCAACUUUGCAAAAGUUCUGUACUCAAUUCGUAAAUAAUGCCCUUAGGCCUUUAAUAUAAGCUGCUGGAAGGAUGGAUGACCUACUAUCAUGUGCAUGAAUUGUUACUGAGUGCAAAAUGCCUUGAAAGUUUUGUCCUCUAUGUCUGCCUGAUUCGAAUGUUCAGUCUUGGCGUUCUGAGUUAUACCAAAC